AUGCAGCCCUCACCCUUUCUGCAGCAGAAACCCAGCAUAGACCUGCUGCUGACCAUGUCAAAGGCCAUAUCUGUGGCACUAGAUGUGCUCACGGCCUGUGUGGCCACCUCCUUCCUUGGGCCCAUCUGUGUCCAGGAAUGUGACUUCGAGUUGCUGGUCUUGGUCACCGGCCUCCUGUAUACCCUGACAUGGUUGGCUGCCUGUCGGAUGGUGGACUCUGCCCAGUGUGAGCUCUGGAUGGGCAUCUGUUGUAAGAGCCAGAAGCAGGUCGUCCCUGAAAACCUGGGCAGCUCUGUGAAGACCCCACCGCACCACCUGUCCAGGGUGAACGGCUGGUCGCCCCCUCUGCACUCCUUCCAGCUGGUAUGCUGGGCCAUCUUCCUGGUCAUGUGUGUCACCACCUUCGGGAUCUUCAUCCCCUUCCUGCCCCUGGACUGGAAGCUCGCUGCCUACGCUGUAUCCUUGCUCCUGGUGAUGGGAGCCGUGUUCCUGUUCCACAUGUUGGUCCACCUGAUUGCUGUUACCAUUGACCCCGCCGAAGUCAACGUGCGACUUAAAAGCUAUGCCCAGCCUGUGCCGACCUUCGACCGGUCCAAACAUGCACACGUGAUCCAGAACCAGUACUGCCACCUGUGUGAGGUCACUGUGAGCGAGAAAGCCAAGCACUGCAGCUCCUGCAACAAGUGCGUCUCUGGAUUCGACCACCACUGCAAAUGGCUCAACAACUGUGUGGGGAGCAGGAACUACUGGUUCUUCUUCACCUCUGUGGCCUCAGCCCUGUGUGGGCUCUUCUGCCUGAUGGUCCUCCUGCUGUACGUCGUCAUCCAGAACUUCGUCAACCCCAGCAAGCUCCGCAUGGACCCCCUGUACAAAGAUGUCAGGUCUUCCAACCAGUGGCUGCUGUUCCUGCCCCUGUGCCCCGUGCAGGUGAAGACCCCCGUGGUCUUCUUCGUCCUCACAGUGGUGCUGCUGCUGGGCUCCACCAGCUUCGUGCUGCUGGGCCACCUGCUCGUCUUCCACCUGUACCUGAUGGCCAAGCACUUGAGCACCUUCGAGUACAUGAUGCAGACCCGCUUCCAGCAGAACCAAGUGCCCACGAGGCGCGAAGGGCUGAUUCUGCUCAAAGAGAAGGGGCGUCCAAAGGUAGCCUGUGGGGUAAGCAUGGCCUAUGGGGUGCAGAAGGUGGCCUAUGGGGUGCAGUGUGGCCUGUGGGAUAGUGGGAGCUCCAUCACGUCCUGCUGCUCCAUGCUGGACUUGGCCAUCAAAAGUGACCCUGGGCCACCCUGCAUGGCAGCAAGGGCCCGGGGUCUACCUUUCUGCCUGCGCAUCCGGGGCCCAGGUUCCCAGAAAUCCUCUCCUUGCAAGCGGAGGAAGAAGAAGGCGGCGGCUGAGGAGGUUCGCGAGGUUCCAGAGUAG